AUGAAGAUCAACACCGCCACACUCGCCCUGCUGGCAACAACUGCCGCCGCCGUGCCCAUGAGCGCAGCCGACAUGAUCGGCAGGCAGGUUACCACGGUGGAAACAACGACAACCUCAAGCAAGACCGUUGCCUCCGCGUCCCCAAACGGCCCGGGGGAGGAGGACAAAGCUGAAGCUUGCAUUAUGCCCAACGGCUGCAGAGACGAGGACAAGCACGAUGGCGACGCUUGGCACCCGCGCACGACGCCCACCCCGCCCCCGAAGGUCACCCCCCACGACGGCAAGAUAUGGAGCUGGCUGGUUCCGACCGCGACAUCCAGUGCCACAGGUGUCUUCUCCGUCGUUCCGGAGGCGGAGCCGACGAGCGCUUAG